GUAAUAUAUUUAAAAAAAAAAUUGACACAAAAUUAUUGUGAAUAUACAUUUUUUAUGUUAGUAUUUUUUUUAUAAUGACUGUCGGCGAGAUUGUGUUGAAUACGGCGAAGUCGAUGGACUCCCUCUACCCAUCUCCGCCACCUGAGGUGACAGAAAUAAUACCUAAGAAAUGGAGAAGAAAAAUUUUCAAGGCUCCGCCAGCGUGCGCUAAGGUAGACACGUCUCCGCCCCCAUACAACAAGUUGAGUAUGACGGGCCGACUACGCGGGUGGAGUCGCCGGCUCACGCAGAUCACCAUGGAAAACUUCGUGCUCCUUCAAAACAUCAAACGAUGGCAAAUGGCUGGGGGCAAAGUGGACUGCCAUUGGGAUGUGAUGCCAGCUCCCAUUGAGCGAUAUUACAGGAACAGGGUCGACCAUUUGAAACUGGUGCAGAGGGAAAACAAAGUGAUACACAGGCUAAUAACUGACGCGGUUGCGCGAGUGGAAACGACAGAGAAUCUGCGCCGCGCAUGGAGGCGCAAUAGAAAUAUAAUAGUGCAGGGUGCUCAAGGAAAGUUUGUAUUGUUCCCGCCCGUCCCACAGGAGACCAUCGAAGACCCUGUGUUCAUUACGCCCCCAGGGGUUAAGAGACCUAGAGUGUACCUCACGCUUCGCGUAAAGAAUUGCGCUCCAAUGGGCGAGUUGGCUGUGGAGCUGUUCACAGACUUCUGUCCCCAAAACUGUCGGCUGUUCACUGAACUGCUGGACGGAGACGGGCUCGGGCACGGCUACGUCGGCACCUCCUUCUUUAGAAAAGUCCCAAAUCUGUACUGGUCCGGUGGAGAUGUCAUUUACAACAACGGCUUCGGGUGCUACGCGCAGAAGGACAGGCGCGUGCCGAUCGGCGCCGACAACUAUCAUUUUUCUCAUUCUAUUCCAGGGCUGGUGUCGAUGCGCGUGACCGCCGACAACGAGAUGUGUGGGAUCUUCAAUAUCACCUUUAAGCCAAUGCCGCAGUUCGACCUCAAGAAUGUAGUCAUCGGACGGGUAAUCCGCCCCAGUAAUUUAUACGACGAGAUCCGCGGACUGGGCUCUGCUCUCUGCCUGUCUCCUGUUAUCGAAGUGUCGGCAACGAGGCGUCGCGUCGGCGGCCAAUGGCGCCACGGCCUCCCCAAUCAGCGGCUGCUGAAGACCACGUCCAAACUUCUCAAAGAUAUACAAAAACCAUAGAUCAACUAAAGACACCGUAAAGGGCUUAAAUUUGAGUGAUAAUGGUUCCGCGGAGAUAUACAAAAACCUACGCAUUAAGCUACUAAACUGUGUAUUUCUCUCUUAUGGCAAUAAAUAAUAUUUUGUAUUGUA